AAAGAACAUUAUUGAAAGCGACUGAAAAAGAUUCCAGUUCGAUGAAAAAGUUGUUAAAAAUAAAUAUGAAAAUGCAUUAAUAAGGAUUGUAAACGCGAUCUGGUGCAUACACAUCAAUGGAAGGGAAUGAAAGAAAUGAAGAAGCAGUUGAAGUAAACGUAGAUCUCCAAGGACAAGGUUACAUUGAAAACAUACAAGGCAAUGAUCAGAGAUUAAAAAAUAAUGAUUGCAAAGAGCAAGUUGAAGAGGAAGUCCAAGAAGAGUCUCUUCAUUCAGAGAUUCAUUUGCAUUCAAUCCCCAACAUGCAUGUUCAUAUUCUCCAAGAAUCUCCCCACAUCAGCAAUUCUGAAGAACUCAACUCUAAUGAUCUAGAAAAUCAGUCUGCUGUAUGUGUAGUUAAUGAUGCAACAUGUACUCCUACUGUUUUGCUAUCGGAAACUAUUUCAAUGAGCUCAGCAARCAUUAAUGUCAUCCCUCACACUGUAGUUCUCACAACUCCUGGCUUGUCGAGCUUGUGCUCUACUCAAGCUGGUACRAUGGAGGAAAUUGAUGAUGAAGAACAGCAUGAACGUUUGCUUAUUUCAAAGAGUGAGACAGAAGAACUUUUGAUUUCAAAGACGGAAACAACUCAGGACCUUGAUGAUUCAUGCAUUGGGCUUACAGCCUCUGUUACUGGAAUAACAAACAGUGUUCACGAUAAGCUCAACACAACCUCAGCAGUAGAAGGAAUUGUGGUCACAGCACAUCAAACUAGCAUGUGUUACCUGCGACAAAUUUUUGACCAURAUCAAGUGACAUCUCAAGGCCAAAUGCCAACUCUAGCUCAUGGGGUAACCUCCCAUGACCUUCCGGAACUACAGCAAUGCAAGUGGCAAGGUUGCUGUCAACAUUUCUUGUCUCUAGAAGACCUAGUUCACCAUGUUAAUGAAUAUCACAUAAGAACAGAUAAGCAUGCCGAGUUCUGUUGCCAUUGGCAUGGCUGCAGUCGCAACGGCAAGGGAUUUAAUGCCAGAUAUAAAAUGCUAAUUCAUAUGCGUACUCAUACUGGAGAAAAACCGCAUAAAUGCCAUCAUGAAGACUGUGGCAAGUCAUUUUCUAGACUAGAAAACUUGAAGAUUCACCAGCGAUCACAUACUGGAGAAAGGCCUUAUAUCUGUCCCAUUGAAGGAUGCGACAAAAGAUACUCUAAUUCUAGCGAUCGUUUUAAGCAUACGAGAACUCAUUAUGAAAGAAAACCUUAUCACUGUAGAAUUGAAGGGUGUGAAAAAUGCUACACUGAUCCUAGUUCUCUGAGGAAACAUCUAAAAACACACCAUGGACAAGAUGUAAAUAUUGAAGAACAUGACUAAAAAAUUUAGCCGUUCUCAAUAAGCCUUUUCAUAGUUUAAGAAUCGACUCCACUGCGCAUGCAAUUUUAUCCCGAAUUUCUCAACUUCUUUUGUCUAAACCUUUUGUUCUUAAUUAAACAAAAGGUGAGAAAUUCGGGAAAAAAUCGCAUGCGCAGUGGAAUCGAUUCUUAAACUAUGAAAAGGCUUAUAGCAUACAUACAAGAUCAUGCAAAUUACUGUUGGUGCAAAUGACAUUGCCAGUGAACACAAAGAUUUCAGGGGCAUGUGCCAGCUAUGAAAUGUCAUGCAAACGCCAAUGAUUUACAGUGAUUUUGCACGUACAUUAUGUAAUGUUGAGAAUGACUAAAUUGGCCUUCCUUAAUUGUUUUAUCUCUUGAAAACUUUUUAUCAAUAGUUAGGUUUUCUUUAGGCAUAUUUACUAGGGGGAGGGGUGCCUGCGAAGUAUGAGAAACACAGAAAAAGUGUUCAGCUUAUAUUGUCCAAGUAUUUUAUGAAAUGACUGUUUUAAAUUAAUAUACCAAUUAGAAAAAAAAUUUAAAAUCUGUUAUAGAAAAAUUAUGCUGUUUCAUGUCGCUUUUAAAAUAAUAUACUAUACCUCACUAUAAUUUUAUGAACCAACUUGCAGAAUUCAAUCCUAACCCUAUGGGCUAGGACGGUAUGAUUUUCGCCUACAACUAUCUUAUACAACAYGCUCACACCAUCCUACAACUCGAGUCGUAGCGUGUAAAUCAAGCCUACUACUCGCCUAUGACAGAUGYGAGCAUGUUGUAUACGACAGUUGUAGGCAAAAAUCGUACCCUCUAAACCGGCCUUUAGAGUGCAUACCAUAUAUCUGUGAAAAACUUUGUAAGAAAUUGCACAAAUUAAUAAGUAAUAUAUACAGUAUGAGUGGCUGUGUUUUAUAAGAUAUACAACCAYGAGGYGUAGCYGAGUGAUUGUAUAUCUGAUACAACACGGACACGAAUACUGUAUAUGACUUAUCAAACRUCUAGGUUAGUUACUUUGUGUUUCACUAAAGUGAAUUUGGCCAAGAAAAUCCAACUUAAAGUUUAUGCAAAUGAACACAGUUUUGUAUCAGAUUUACAACACUCUUCAUGACUGGAUUUCUGUUGUGUUUUCCUCAUGAAUUAUUAAUGAGUUUGAUAAGUUCAGUAAACCUAUAAAACUKAACACCAAUUUGUACAAUUUUGUUAUUUAACUUUUUCACGGAUAUAUACAUAGUCUACAUUCUACUAUGCACAGCACUACCCAAUUGCAUGAGUAUGAAAUUGUACAAUUUUCUGUCGUGACAAAAUAGAAUUUUGGCAGAUGUCYGGCAUGUCCAUAAAGAACAGAAAUAGUAAAUUAUGAAUAUCUAUAGGAAAACAAUUUUGGAGUAUACUUUUCUUAUCAUAAUUUACACAGCAGCAAAUAAAGACUUGAAUCUUGGAGUGCAAAUGAGUGUGACCRAUAUUGGCCUGUGCAUAGCCUAUUUAACAAUUAUUAAACCACUUGUGCUCAUGAUCUACAAGUCAAUAGUCCAUUCAGCCGUUGGCCUCGUGGGCUUUUGACUCCUAGACAAUGAGGUCAUAUGCAUAUUAAGGCGCUAUUAGCAGCCGUGCAGCUUACAA